GCUUAUUUGCUUUCACUAUUUUAUGACACGCCCCGAGACCGGUUUCCUCUAUAAAAGGGGAAGGCAAUUUGGCCGGCCUCUCCAUCUGCACACCGAAGAGUUCUUGUUGACUUGGUCUUCUUCUUGUGGCCUUCAUUUCUCUCUCCAUGGCUCAGACAGUGGUUCUCAGGGUUGGCAUGACCUGUGAGGGCUGUGUUGGUGCUGUGAAGAGGGUACUGAACAAAAUGGAAGGUGUUGAGUCGUAUGAUGUGGAUAUGAAGGAACAGAAGGUGACUGUCAGAGGCAACGUUCAGCCAGAUGCUGUGCUGCAGACUGUCUCGAAAACUGGCAAGACAACAUCCUUCUGGGAAGAAGGUGGGAACGUUCAAGCAUAGAACUCUUUCCAGAAUCAGUUUCGGCAGUGGCAUAACUAUCAAUAGGCAGUGCUAUGCAGCUACUAAGACAGACAUUUGCGGACUUAUUGUGUAACUAUAUAUCCAAAUAAGAAAAUUUAUAACUUAAA